UAAUAUAUGAUAAGACUGAACACAGAAUUUAAUCGAUGGCCCACUACAGGCAUGAAAAGAAUGGAUUUUAAAUCGUACAUACCUUCUUUUUGGCAGCCGCCAUUUUGAGAUCAUACGCUUUCCCAGUGUUCUUGGCAGGCCUAUUCAAAAUUGCUUCAAAAGCGAAAUCCCCGCCAAAGCCCCGCUAACGGUCCCCGGUCGCUGUUAUUUGUGUCUAAUGUUAUCGAACACCCCGCACACUGGGGCAAAGAUGACCACUGAAAAUUGUUAAAAUCCCCCGCUAAUGCCCCGCAUUCCCCGGGUAUGGGGGUGCGGGGCUUUCCACUGACUAGUGCAUAAGCGUUUCAAUGGUGUAAUAAUGAAAAUGCGUUUCCUCGGGCGUCCGCAUCUUAAAAAUGAGGGGGAAAAAAUUCUAAGGAUAUAAAAAAUUGCACGAUUUUCAUGCGAUGAAUAUCAUCAUCCUUCUCACACUUUUACAAUAUAAAAAGAGACUUUUUUAUGUUACAUUUUUUCGGUUUUCCUUUUUGUGUAGUUCAAUAAAGACACCAAAGUUCAAAUAUAGUUAAAUAACUACACGAUUUCAGAAAAUGACACGAGCAUCAAUGUAUGUUUAUUAGGUUAUGUCAAGGCAGGGGAUCUACUGGGAGUGGGAGUGCAGGGGCAUCAGUUUAAUUUUCAAUCAUUGAUGCUUUUUACCUGGACUCCAUGCUAUUGUCAGUUACAUCAAAUGACGCUGUCGAGUUCCAACAAUCUUCAGGGCCUGCUCGUACAGUUUUAUCACCCAGCUUGUACAGUCUUAUCACCCAGCUGAUGUAGCUUUGUAGUAAUUUCUCGGGUAAGUGUAACUUAGUAAAGACAAUCGUUUCAUGACUAUAGGUGUUCCAUUAUAAUAGCUCUAAAGCUUCUCUUUAAAAUUUGCUCUUGUACUGCCUCUGCUAAUAUAUUUCACAUAGCCUUGCCAUUGCUAUGGUAUGAUUACAAUUAGGUUGACAGGUAGUCAUUUAGCUAAUGGUUUAAGAUUAGAAACCAGUCUUUGGAUUAUCUUGAUAGGUUGCUUGAAGUUACAAAAAUUUAUAAUUCAAGGGAGACAUAUUUUUUUACCUUUGCUUGGGGGGGGGGAGGGGUGGUGUUUGUGGCUUAACUCACCUAUAUUAUCUGAAGUUUAGGGAGUAGGUGAGGAAAACCAUUAUAAUAUCUGAUUUAAAAGAUGCUUAAAAAAAAAUUAGGGAUUUUAAGUAAUAAUAUUGCCUUUAUUUAUUUAUUUUGACUUUUGUAUAAAUAAUAAUCUCUUUUUAUCUGACUGAUUUUAUAAUUAGGUGCUUCCUUGGUUGGGAAUACUCUGUAGAUGAUGAGAAAAAAAAUGCAGUGUAUGAUGGAGGAGGUGCUGCUUACUGGAUUUCUGUAAAGAUCUAG